CUUAUCAGUUGCUUGUAGAACUGCCUUUAGCAGCAGUAAAUUGGGGUCCGAUGAUAUCAUUCUCACCAUGAAAGUUUGUGGAGAUUUGUUUCUUCACAGCUCUUUAGAUUGCAUCCAAACAAUUCAAAGAGGCUGAGGCUUUGACUUUUGAAGUAAAUGAAUCAACAUCAUUCUUUUUCUGUUGCUUCUUCUUUGAGAUCUGGUCCCACCUUUGUCUCUAGAAUAACUUGGGAGGCAAAGGAGCUCAUGAUCUCCCCAAUGACAACAAGGUGUGUAGAUUCCUUUCUUUUUAAAAGAUAAGAGAUCAAAUCAUCAACCUUCCACCAGUGAUUGGAAACGAUGUUUAUUCGGCCUCAUUCUGUCUGAUGCUGCAUGGUGAGUUUAUUGGAUGUUUAUUGGUAAGAUAAAUGUGAAUUCACUGUCAUGCAUCUCCAUUAAACGAACGUAAAUCCAUGUAAAAAAGCGCGGAGGUGGCCUCCUGGGAUCGGAGCAGUGGUGGGAAGCUCCAGCACAGGGUUAAAGGUACAGUAGCGUGCGUCAGCUGAUGCGUAACGUCACGUAACGAGCGCGCAAUGAGGAGGGGGCUGGUCCUCGGUUUCGGAGCCCCGAGCUGCGGCGGCUCCCAUCAGCUUCCUGCCCGCCGCAGCGCCCCACAACACGGACGGUGCUCAUCCCGGAUCAUGCGCCUGUCCCCGGCUCUGCUGCAGGAAGUUGGGCUUGUUUCCUCCUCCGUCUCUCUCCUGCGGUCGCCCUCUGUGACAGCCGCCUCCGCAGCCCCGUCUCCCCCCCCUUAGCUUCUGCCUUUUUGUUGCAGCUUUUGCCUCUCCUCGUCCGGUACAGAGUGCCCAAGAUUCCGGCGCCGUAAAGCCAGAUACCGACACCCCUCCACCCACCCCUCCACCCACCCACUCCCCUGCGCUCCCGGCCGGGGAGAGCAGGUCAUGGAGGGCCUGGUGGAGGAGAAGGAGCCGAUGGAGAAGUCAAUGCCUCUGCCCACUCUGAGUCCAGCCGUGCCCCCCUACGUCACUCUGGGCCUGACGGUGGUCUACACGGUCUUCUACUCCCUCCUCUUCAUCUUCGUCUACGCGCAGCUCUGGCUGGUCCUGCGGUACCGACACAAGCGGCUGAGCUACCAGACUGUGUUCCUGUUCCUGUGCCUGCUGUGGUCGGCGCUGCGCACAGUCCUCUUCUCCUUCUACUUCAGGAACUUUGUCACUGCCAACACUUUGGGGCCAUUUCCCUUCUGGCUGCUCUACUGCUUCCCAGUCUGCCUGCAGUUCUUCACUCUCAGUCUCAUGAACCUUUACUUUGCACAGGUUGUUUUUAAGGCCAAGUCGAAAUACGCUCCAGAGCUGCUGCGGUACAGGCUGCCGCUGUACCUCCUCUUCCUGUUCAUCAGCCUGGUGUUUUUAGUUGUAAAUUUAGUGUGUGCGGUCUUGGUGAGGAUGUCGUUUGCAGAGGCGCACACCAUAGUCCUGGUGAGGGUCACUAUCAACGACACGCUGUUCGUCCUGUGUGCCAUCUCGCUCUCCCUGUGUCUGUACAAGAUCGCCAAGAUGUCGCUGGCCAAUAUUUACCUGGAGUCUAAGGGAACGUCUGUGUGCCAGGUAACAGUGAUUGGAGCCAUCGUCAUCCUCCUCUACGCAUCCAGGGCAUGCUACAACUUGGUCGUGUUGGGACUCUCAAACAAGAAUAUUAACUCAUUUGACUACGACUGGUACAACGUGUCAGACCAGGCAGAUUUGCAGUCAACUUUGGGCGACACCGGCUACAUCGUCUUUGGGGUGAUUCUGUUCAUCUGGGAGCUGCUCCCCACCUCUCUUGUGGUGUUCUUCUUCAGGGUUCGGAAGCCUAACCUUGACAGGAGUGGCUCUGGCCUUCCCGGUCAUGUCUUCUCCUCGAGGGCGUAUUUCUUCGACAACCCCCGUCGAUACGACAGUGAUGAUGACCUGGCAUGGAGCGUCAUGCCUCAGAACAUACAAGCCAGCCUGGCUGCCGACAGUUACGAAUGGGGGAGCCAGAGCAGUGGAAUCGGUGCCUACGUUUGCGGCGAAGACAGUUACAGCUUCCCCUCUCCUCCAGAGGAGCUCAGCCAUUACUGA